AAAAAGCACAGAUAGAGCUAGCUGAUAUGCAGCAAUGGUAAUUGUUUUUCAUUGAAAAAUCAGACUCAUAUUCUUUGCCAAGAGCAAAAGGCGACGUUUUUUGAUUUUCGUGUUACAAAUCGACAAAAAGGAAUAAUUGGGCUUCAAAAUUCGCCCAAUAUAGUGAGCAAAGGGCGAAUGUGAAACUAUAGAUUGUAUUUGGAGUUGGAGAAAGCAGAAAUUAGUGAAAUUGGUUGGAGCAAUUGCAAGAAGGAAGCAGUCCGCAAUAGCAGAGGCAACGGAAGAAGAAGAAACACCCGUCUGCAGCUAUUGUGAGCAACGUCAGCGUCGCGGCUGAGGCAGUUCAGCGCCCCAACCCCGACCCCGGAAAGUCAAAUGUGAAAAGAUGGCGACGAGUCGCACUAGUCGCAUACAGCAAACGAAGAAUAUAAAUUCGUUCUUCUCCAAAAUACAAGGUGCGUUCUCCGAAGCAUGUACACAGCAGCGGUUAUCCACUGAUAAGAAAACGUUAGAGAAAACAUGGAAGUUAAUGGACAAAGUUGUAAAGCUGUGUCAGCAGCCCAAAAUGAAUUUAAAAAAUAGUCCCCCCUUCAUAUUGGACAUACUGCCCGACACGUAUCAGCGAUUGCGUCUCAUAUACUCUAAGAAUGAGGAUCAGAUGCAUGUCUUACAUGCCAAUGAGCACUUCAAUGUUUUCAUUAACAACCUGAUGCGCAAGUGCAAACAGGCCAUCAAAUUGUUCAAGGAAGGAAAGGAGAAAAUGUUUGAUGAGAAUUCACAUUAUCGAAGAAACUUGACUAAGCUUAGUUUAGUUUUUUCGCACAUGCUUAGCGAACUGAAGGCGAUAUUCCCCAAUGGAGUAUUUGCCGGUGAUCAAUUUCGAAUUACGAAGGCAGAUGCUGCUGAGUUUUGGAAGCUCAACUUUGGAAACAGUACUUUGGUCCCAUGGAAAAUCUUUCGACAAGAGUUGAACAAAGUACAUCCUAUAUCAUCUGGUCUAGAAGCAAUGGCCCUAAAAACCACAAUAGAUUUAACGUGCAACGAUUAUAUUUCAAAUUUUGAAUUUGACGUGUUUACGAGACUCUUUCAACCGUGGGUAACGCUGCUACGUAAUUGGCAAAUAUUGGCUGUCACACACCCUGGAUAUGUAGCGUUUCUGACUUACGACGAAGUUAAAGCGCGAUUGCAGCGUUACAUCCACAAGGCUGGUAGCUAUGUGUUCAGAUUAUCAUGUACUCGCCUCGGGCAGUGGGCGAUAGGGUACGUUACCGCCGAUGGAGAAAUAUUGCAAACCAUACCGCAAAACAAAUCAUUGUGUCAAGCAUUGUUAGAUGGUCACAGGGAGGGGUUUUAUUUGUACCCGGAUGGUCAAGCUUGUAACCCCGAUCUAUCAUCGGCAGUGCAGAGUCCUACGGAAGAUCAUAUUACAGUUACACAAGAACAAUAUGAGCUAUACUGCGAAAUGGGUAGCACAUUUCAAUUGUGUAAAAUAUGUGCCGAGAAUGAUAAGGAUAUACGCAUUGAGCCUUGCGGGCAUCUACUAUGCACGCCGUGCCUCACAUCUUGGCAAGUCGACUCAGAAGGACAG